GGGCUACACCAGCAAUCCCCUCAAUUAACUACGCCCGAACGAAGAUCGGUAGCAACCCCUUCCUCCAUUCAUAGACUUCGAAGAACCCCGCGCUUCUCAGCCUCUCCUAUUUCUCAACCGGAGGCGCAACCGCAGCCAACGCGUCAACAGUCAAUUGGCCGAGUUACCGUCACUCUUGGACCUAAAGGACAGUACGUUCUAGCGGGUACCGAGCGACAAGUUCGAAGAGAACGCCCGAAGCCACCUAGACGCCAACUCUCGCAAGGGAAUUUGAGCGACGGCUCUGAAGCGACAACAACUAGUAGUACCGCCUCACCCAACCGCGGGACAGCUCCUCCUGCUUCCGACCCUAAUAAACCCGAGCCGCACCCAGCCCUUCGUAUCUCGAAGCAAACCCAUAGUGCCAUAUUAUAUGCACUCGAGCAAACCCUGCGCGGACCCAAACAAAUCUCCGACGAUCCCGUCGAGUUAUACGCCCCAAUGGCUGAUCUCAUGGGAGGAAGAGGUCCUGCGACCUCGAAUGGUAAUGGCGCCUCUCCGGCGCGACCAACCACGGCCCGAGCAGCUGUCGGCUCUCCCUCUGGGAUUAGAGGUCCCCGUGUGAUCAUGCAAGAAAGAGCUGCGCGAGAAGCCGCACGAAACCGACAACGAGAAGAACAGGAACGGGAGCGAGCGGAGAGAGAACACGCUGAAAACGAGGCGCGACUACAAGAAGAGGCAUUGCGAAGAGAGUCCGAGCGUAACGAGGCGGAACGUCGAGCUGCUGCUGCUGCUGCUUCCGCCGCUGCUGGCGCUGGCAACUUCGGAGCCGGCACUGUUCCUGCUGGCGCCGAUAACACACGAAGACCGGCGCAACAAACUACAUCAGGUCGCGCAACCACAGAUGCUAAUGCGCGCCCAGCGGGACAGCCCCGCAUCCCUACUACAGGCCAAGCCCAGCCGUCGUCGUCAGCGCGACAUGCACGAGGUACCUCCGGUACCCAAGGAAUUCCUGGCGCCUCAUCUUCUGGCCCUGGAUUAGCUGGUCCUUCUGGUGGUGCUCAACAGCAGCCUCCGCCUCAGAUGGGCGAGACUUCCACAGCCAUCGGACGAGGAAGAAACUCGUUCCCUCAUGCUUUUGAACGUUGGGAGACUCUAUCUGCCCACUGGGAAGGCCUUACGAGCUUCUGGAUCCGUAGACUGGAACAGAGCGCGCAAGAGAUUAACCAAGAUCCUAUCUCCGCACAGUUGUCGCGACAGGUCACUGACCUUUCCUCCGCUGGCGCAAACCUAUUCCAUGCCGUUGUCGAGCUACAGCGCCUCCGGGCUUCAUCGGAGCGCAAGUUCCAACGUUGGUUCUUCGAGACCCGCGCCGAGAUCGAGCGUUCCCAGGAGGUUACCGCUAUGCUCGAAGCAGCUCUAGAAGAAGAGCGACGAAGCCGAGCGGACGCGAUUCGUGAGGCGGUCGAUCGCGAGCAGGGCUCCUCCAAGAUGCAGAAGCAGAUAAGCGAACUGCGCAAGGAAUUAACUAUCUCCAAGGAGGAAGCCCGCCGCGCAUGGGAGGAGCUUGGUCGACGUGAGCAAGAGGAGCGAGAUCGUACCAUGUCACUACAACUUGGACAGCCCACCAUAGUCGGUGGAGUACAAGUCGUCCCGAUGACUCAAGGUGUCGGUCGCAGCAACACCCAGCGGGAGCCUCAUUAUAGCCAGACGGACCCUGCCGAUUAUGCCCAAUCGCCCACUUCGCCCAGCGCUGCUCGAUCUCAAUAUUCACAGGCACCUGCAGUUAAGCCUACUCCGGCCUCGGGUGGAAGACAGGACUUCCAGACUCCCUCAUCUGUUCAUCACCAACAAAGCUAUGGUUCCGAGGGAACUUACAGCGAAGAAGAGUUCGAGACGCCCGCAACGCAGCCGCAAGCGCCGCCUCAGCCGAACGUCUACCAACCGACCGGCGCUGGUGCGCACCAGCCGCAAUACUCUGCAGCGCCCGAUUAUAGCGGUUCGGGAUACUCGGCACCUUGGGAUGAUUUAGGCCAGGGUCCUCGCCACCACCACCCGACACGUCUGAGUGAUGUGCUUGAGGAGGAGGAGGAGCGUAGCCGAACAAGCGCAAGCCAGAGUCAGGUCAGCCGACCCUAAUGGUUCUGCGGCCUUACUACCAUACAAGCUCAGACCAUGAUAUACCCUUUAGGGUUCUAGAGACCGAGGCAACAGUAUCGAGUCUUUGUUAUUGUAAAGACAUUUGAAAUCCAGACUACGAAAUUUCUCCGGAUAACGGCUUUGGGUCGUUUUGUUGUGUUGCAUAUCGUUGGCACCCAGAGAUAAGAGUGCCCUAAUAGUUCGGCGGUGAUACUUUAUUCG